AUGGCCGAGUACAAAUACACGCCCCUCGGCGAGCGGGAUUUCCGCCUCCUCUCCCUCGCACCAGGCCGCUUCAACGACGCCCUCCAAGGCGACCUCAUCACCCGCCCCAUCGACACCUACGUCGACGAGGCAAGCAAACACGAGAACGAGUUGCCCGAAUCAGCCGACUCGUAUGAAGCCAUCUCCUACGUUUGGGGCUCCAACGAGAAACCCCACCACAUCACCACCUCUACUGGCGCACAAAUCCCCAUCACGGACAGCUUGUACCUCUGCCUCAAGCGUGUGCGCCUCGAGGACCGAACGCGCCUCGUCUGGGCAGAUGCGUUGUGCAUCAACCAGGCUGACGGGAAGGAGAAGGAGGCGCAGAUUAUGCUCAUGCACGACAUCUACCUUAGCGCGCAGAGAGUUCUCGCUUACCUUGGUGAAGAAGCUGAUGGCAGCGGCGAGGCGAUGGAAUUGAUUGAGCGGUACUGGCGCGUCCACAUCCCGGACCCUCUGAACGCCGGCGCGCGCGCAUUCGCAGAGGACCUUCUUGGUGCGCCGAUUCCCGAUGCGCCGACGGGUGCUGGCGCGGAGCUGCCGCCCGUGGGCGCCGACAAGUGGUUGAGCGUGUCCCGGUUCUGGAACCGUCCUUGGUUCCGCAGGGUGUGGAUCGUGCAGGAG